CCAUGACCAAGCGUAGACUCGGUCGCUGCAUGAUGUUCGGUCUAAAGCCGCCGCAGAUUCAGGAGGCCGGCGAACUGCUGCAGCAGAUUGCACGGGAUUGGCGGGAGCUCGUCGCGGGUAGCGAAGGAUAUCUGACCGAUGCGACAAGAAGAGGAUUGUUCAAGCAGGCUGUCGCGUGGGGAGAGAUGGAUAGCAUGGGACAUGUCAACAACGUCACCUACGGCCGGUACGCCGAAACCGCCCGUGUAUAUUUCACCCGUAACUUCGCGAUGCACAUCGACCCGGCCCACAAGAAGGAAUGGCUGAACCUGCUCAGCUCGAGAGGACUUGGAUUGAUCAUGCGAAGCAUCAAGAUCGACUACAAAUUCCCCAUGACCUACCCCGACCAGGUGACUGUAUACCAUAAAGUCGUCCAUGACCCUGCAGCACCCGACGCCUCGCCAUAUGCAUUCCAUCUUCAGGCCAUCAUCCUCUCUGAGGCGCGCUUCCGACACGCCGCUCGAGUCCAUGAGGACCUGGUCACGUAUGACUACAAGCAGGGCAAGAAGACUGCGCUACCGCCUUUCUUGUUCGAACAGCUCAAGAAGACGUGGGAGCUUCAAGAGCAGGCAAAGGAAUACUGGCGGCAGCGCAUCCUAGACAUUGAAGCGAGGGUUCGGACGUUGGAGGUCAAGAGCUGGGAUCGUGAGGAUGCGGUGGAGGACACUGGAUCUGCUAAGAAAUAGAGUCUACACUUCUAAAAGAUCGUGGCUCUGCAGGUCAGGCCAUGCGAGUGAUUAAGUGGUUGACUCGUGUGGACAGGGUGGGCUGUCCAGGGAAUGGGUGAUCAUGUUGAUUAUGUGUACUCCGUAGACUUGCUUGCAAGCUAGAAUAUACUGCGCC